AUGAAAUUAUAUGAACAAAGGCGUAAAUUGAUUGAACGUCAUGUCGAAGAAAAGUCAUCAAAUAAUUCAAGUUUUGCAAAUUCAAAGUCUCAUGAUAACAAAAAACAUGGAGAUCAAUCAUCCACCAUGAGAAUUCGUCAAACAUCAACAAAAUAUCAUCGAUUAUUCCCUCGAACUACAAUAAAUUCCAUAGUAAUCAUUAAACCAAAAUCCGUUAAAACCACAAUACGUCAUUUGCCUCCCGAAAUAAUGUUAUGCAUUUUUGAAUUAUUACCUACACGUAAUGAAAUUUAUACUUGUCUUUUCGUGUGUAAAUCUUGGAAUACUUUGGUAUUACCUGUUUUAUAUAAAUCUCCUCAAAUUUAUCAUCGAUUCUCUUCGACAACGACGACAACGACAACGGCAUUAGAUUCUUCAUUGGAUAUUAAUGAAAUUAAUGAAUUUGUUACGGAUGCUACCAUUCAAACUAUCGCACUCACUUGUCCAAAUUUACGUAGAAUAAGUUUAAAUGGGUGUACGCACAUUUCUGAUUCUUCUUUGGAUUCUCUUUCAAUACAUCAUUGUGCUUCUUCUUUAUUAUCUAUAAGUUUGAGUGGAUGUCGAAAGAUUACUGAUACCGGACUUAAAAUGUUAUCAAAGUCAUGUCAAAAAUUUACUUCUUUAAAUAUUUCUGAUUGUGGUAAGAUUACUGAUAAAGGUGUUUCAGCCAUAGCAAAAGGAUGUCCAAGAUUAAGACAAGUUCGUCUUUCGGAUUGUUCUCGUCUUACUGAUCAAUCAAUUGAAGCAUUAUUAUUCAAUUGUCCACGUCUUAGUUGGUUAGAUAUUGCACGAAUUGGUCGUAUUCAAGAUUCUACUAUUCAAUUGAUUGCUGACAUAUGUCAAGAAAAUUUAGAAUGGUUGAAUUUAGCACAUAAAUCAAUUAUAAUGCUAACAAAAAAAUGUCCAAAUCUUCAAUUACUUGAUCUCUCAUAUUUAAAUUCUAUAACUAAUAGUUCUAUUGAAUCUAUUGCCAAAAAUAGUUAUUCUCUUAUAUGUCUUACCAUAAUUGGAUGUAGAUUAAUAACUUGUGAUUCAUUAAGGUAUUUAGCACAAUUAAGGAGAAAGUCUGGACAUUUGGGAUGUAUAACAAUGGGAGAUGCUGCUGGAAUAACAGAAGAUGAUAUUGAAAGUAUCACCAAUGAACCCGAAGGUUUAUUAAGUGGAUGGCAAAAAAGUUCAGUUGAUGAGAAUAGUUUAAAAGAAAUUUUGGGUGGGAUUAGUUGGGAGGAUGCUAGUACUUGGUAG